AUGAAUAAUCUACUAUUGAAAAUCCUGGAUGAGAAGAACAAGUUAGUUGGCUAUAGUAAUUUCAAUGAUUGGCUGAGGAAACUAACAAUAAUAUUGAAUUCAGAAAAUGCAGCCUACGUUUUAGAAACGCCCAUGCUUGAACCUCCUCCUUCUAAUGCUCCUUCUGAUGAGCAUAAUGAAUAUAAAAAAUGGAAUGAAGAUGAACUUAAAGCUUGCUCUUAUAUGAUGGUAUUGAUUAGUGACAAGCUCCAGAGAAAGAGUGAAGAGAUGAAAGGUGCUAAUGAAAUUUACCUCGCGUUACAAGAGUUGUACUGUGAAAAUUCAAGGAUAAGAAUAUAUGAAUUAAGUUCUACUUUAUUUGGAAUGAAGUUAGAAGAGGGUGUGUCACGAGAAGAGCAUGUCAUGGAAAUGAUUAAUAUUUUGGGGCAAUUACAUGCCAUAAAAAUUGAAAUGCCAGACACCCUUAAGGUGGAUUUAGUUCUUUAA